AAAUGGAAAUAACAAUAUAAGGAGCUACAAAUAAACGAUAGUUUGAGCUGAUUAAACAGAUUCCUUAGCUUUAAACUAUCGUAGUCCUCGUCGCAGCCAUGACAGCGGCGGCAGAUUCGAUAAUAAUGUUAUUGGUGGCGGUAGUAUUAGUUGUGUUGCCAUCUGCGGCAUUUGCGACGCCACCAGGCGGAUGGAAGGAUGCUCGCGCCACCUUCUAUGGUGCCCCUCAGGGAACCAUUGGUGGAGCUUGUGGGUAUGAACAGCACAAGCAAGCGUAUGGUGCAUUCACAACAGCUUUAAGUAUGGUCCUGUACAACAAGGCAGGAAGAUGCGGAGCCUGCUAUGAAAUCAGAUGCGUGCACAGCAAGUUUUGCAAGCCCGGCGGCCACUCCGUCGUUGUGACGGCCACCGAUUUCUGCCCUCCCAAUUUCGCCGACAGCAAAGCCUGGUGCAAUCCUCCCAACCCACAUUUUGACUUGUCUCAGCCCGCCUUUCUCCAACUUGCCGACUACAAAGCUGGUGUAGUUCCCGUCCAGUACCGCAGGGUUCCAUGCAAGAGAAAAGGGGGAGCGAGAUUCACAAUUGAAGGGAACAAUUUCUUUAACCUGGUGACGGUGACAAAUGUGGGAGGAGCGGGAGACAUUGCAAGGGUUGAUGUCCAGGCCGAAGGGACCCGGCGGUGGAUGCCGUUGAAGCGCAACUGGGGCGAGAAGUGGGAAACGGACGAGAAGCUGGCCGGCAAAGCCCUCACCUUCAGGGUCACAACCAGCGACGGCAGAGUCUUGGCUGCUCACAACGUCGCACCAAAAGCGUGGCAGUUUGGCCAAACCUACCAGGGCAGCCAAAACCUUUAAUUUCAUUCACCUGCUAGCUUAGCUGCGCUGCAAGAACUCACUCAAAUCAAAAUAAACCCUUGAAUGACAAGGAGAUAUAUACAUUUUUAAUUCCCCAACUGUCUUCUGUCUUCAGUCCGUCUUACCGGAUUUCUGUUUGGCGGACUUCAUUUUUUACCAAAAAAUGAAUUAAAUGAUCCAAAUUUUUAC